GUCUCAGUUUCGGUGGAUGGGAGCUGAGAAGUUUGCCUUACCUGGCGCUACCGGUUUCGGCGGCAGCCACGACGAUUGUCAAAGCAGCGUGGGACGAGGGCUUCACCAGGUUUUUCAACAUCCUCUAUGGACUUUUCGGUGGCUUGGUGCUCUUGUUCUUGUUGGCAGGGAACGCUUCGGAAAAGUGA